GAAACGUGCAGAAUUUUGGAGUUUGUUCAACCCGAGGAAGACAAUUACCUCGAAAAUCACGUCAUUAAGUCCUUCAUGGUUGAUAACAAAGAUCAGUGUAAAGUGAGGUGUUACGCAGAGAACUUCUGUUCAUCCUUCAAUCUUGGAAUUUCAGAGACCAGGGGCAAAUUAAAAUGUGAACUCAGUGACUCUGAUCACUUUCAACAUCCUGAACAUCUCAUUUGUAAGAAAGGCUUCUCCUAUCAUCCAACCAUGGUAGGUAUACUGCAAAGAAAAGGAAAGGCGAAAAUAUACUCCCCCACCCCCAUCCCUCUCGUUAUUCUUGACCGUCGCUCACCCCCUUGGUACAAGUUUCGUUCUCUCCUCAGCCUUCCGCUGCCAUGAGAAUAAAAGAUAGCGGUCAUAAUAAAUACUGAGCACGCACUCGCCAAUAUUACGCCUACCCUGCAGGCUAGCAUGAACCUUCAGUACGACCUGAAUGACUACUGAUAAAAAAGAAAAUGUAUUUUUGUAUGGAUCAUUUCAAAACUACAUUUAUCUGAAUAAGAUGACAGGAUAAAGUUUUAACGUCAACUGCUGUUGGCCGGUAGGAGUUAAAGAAAAGUUCAUCCAGCCAACUUAAAACUCUCGGGAAAAUUUCAAAUUUCUGAAAAAGUUGUAGCACGCGAAAUUUUUUCGCGAUAUGGUCAUUUAUUUCAGUGAAAUUUCACUUAGAAAUCUUUUUUAUCUUUUUCGUUUUCAACAGAAGUUAUGUGGCACUUCUCCUUGUCCCCCGGCUGCUUCUUGUGUACCAACUAUUGAUGGAAAACUCCGUUGCGUUUGUCCUACUAAUUGGACUAGAACUGAAAGCUGCGAAAGAGGUUUGUAUUAUUAUCGCGAUACACCCUCUUUUAUACACUUGUUUAACGUAAAGCGUUGCACGUAAUGAUCUACGACCUGAGAGAGAAAGCCUCACCUUUCCACCCGCACUCAUUUCUUUGUCUGAUAGUGAACAGUUAUUUAAUUGUUAGCGUUGUGCAAUUUGACAAACAAAAGUGCUAUGUUUGAGUAAUAAGUGACCCUCCACGGGAUUUCAGGUAAUAUGGUGAACGCACGCUCACGGUACACUAGCACGCUAAAACAAAAGAACGAGCACGUUAGCUGCGUGUAAGUUACUUGCCUCAUCAACUUCGCAGCUUUUGUCUUGCUUCGCACGGUAGAAACAAAGGAACUUGUUAAGAUCUUGCUCGCAACUUUGCACGAUAUUACACGGUGACCGUGCCAUUUUAUAACACGCCUCUUAAAGUUAAAGUUGCUUUCGGUUUAUACAAGAAGUACGUCCUAACCUUUUAGAUCUUUUUAGAUCACCGAUGCGCCCGGCCGAUAUACGAUACUCAGUAUCCAGUGCAACUAAUUUGCCUAGCAUAAACGAAUACCUCGACUAGUUGUCCAUCAUUUCAAACUGUGUUUGAGUUUUUUCCUUCAUUUUCGAAUUCCUCAUUUUCUUAAAACAGCUUGCAAAAAACGGGCCGAGCGAGCAAAGUCCUCUGCUAUUGAAAUCGUACAUGUACUUUUGAAGGUAGCAAACACAAGCUUUUAAAAUAAUAAGAGCGAGCUUGUAUGAUGCAAAGCAAACGGCUUGAGUGUAAACUGCGCUAUUUAUAUUGUAAAAUUUGUUAACCGUCAAGUACGACAGUCCGUGUGGUGCGGUGGUAGCGUCAAUUUUUUUUUCUUCUAUCUACUGACGGAGUGUACAAAAUAAUGAAAUAUCUAAUACACCCUUUUCUUAUUAACAGACAGUCUAUUUGCCAAACUUUAAGCGUUGUAGACUGUCGUCACCUAUGCCUUCUUUAUUCUCUUAAUAAUUAGCAAUGUUUACAUGCUAGGAUUAGCUAAAAUCAAAAUAACUAAGGACGCGGUUUUGUUGAACAAUGGCUAAACUCUGUUCAAUUAACCGACCCUAAUGUUUUUAUGUUAAAUGAUAGACUAAUUGUGCCAUCUAAGUGUUUUGAACAAACUAGUUUUCUUAAGUCUGUGAAUAAGGGUCCUCCUCUUUCCUCUACAUUUCGUAUUCAUGCGAAAUGAUUCCACUGCUCACUAAAACAUGGCGAGUCAAACUUUCUUUGUAAAACGGACACAAGAAAGCCUUAUUUUCCGCUAUCCAACUGCUUGAAACCUUUACUUCCUUUUCGCCAUCUCCCCAAGAUAUGCUAGUGUGCUAAGGAACAAGGGAAAUUAGCGUGUUAAAACAAAAAACAAAAAAAUCUCGCAUGUUAUAGAAACAAAGCUCUACCGUGUUAGCCAGAUAUGAACAAUGGCUACAACACACUUUCUAAAAUCAAUUGUUUUUAUGCGCAUAUCUGCACGGUAAGCGUGUCAUGCCAUUAGCGUGCGAGCGUGUCAUAACAUGCCGUUUGCGUGCGUUCACCUUAUUCCCUAAAAUCCCGUGGGGGGUCACAAUACAAUAGCAUAUUGUGAGAAAAGUUGGUCAAAGAGUCUGGUGUUCGCUUUUCACCAUUAGCGCGUUCCUUUUUUCAUGCUUAAAUAACAUCGAGUGAAUGGUUUGAUAGUAGUCUUACUGAGAGCAUUAUUCUCUAGAGUUUAAUCGUUAGCUAAAGUAGGGUCUAACUAUUUUGUUGAAGAUACGGACGAAUGUUCCUCUGGAUCGCAUGACUGCUCAGCAGACGCGUACUGCAACAACACUGUGGGCUCAUUUACCUGCACUUGUAAAGCUGGAUUUUCAGGAGACGGCAAAAAGUGCAAAAGU